GCGCUGGACGGUUGUUGGGCGCAUGGCGGACGCGGCGCUGUUCGAGUUUCUGCACAUGGAGAUGGUGGCGGAGCUGUGGUCGCACCACUCCGACCCUGGCCCUGGGGGACAGAAGAUGAGCCUGUCUGUCCUGGAGGGCAUGGGCUUCCGUGUGGGCCAGGCCCUGGGCGAGAGGCUGCCCCAGGAGACGCUGGCCUUCAGGGAGGAGCUGGAUGUCCUCAAGUUCCUAUGCAAAGACCUGUGGGUGGCCGUGUUCCAGAAGCAGAUGGACAGCCUCCGCACCAAUCACCAGGGGACCUAUGUGCUGCAGGACAACAGCUUCCCCCUCCUCAUCCGGAUGGCCUCGGGCCCGCAGUAUCUGGAGGAGGCACCCAAGUUCCUGGCCUUCACCUGCGGCCUCAUGCGAGGCACCCUCAGCACCCUGGGCAUCAAGAGCCUGGUCACCGCCUCCGUGGCAUCCCUGCCCACCUGUAAGUUCCAGGUGGUGAUUCAGAAGACCUGAGGAGCCGCAGGCCCCCACCCCAGCUAAGCCUCACAGCUGCCCCUGGCCCGGGGACCUCGGACCACUGCCUUGGGGGGUGGCCAGAGGGCUGGUGUCGGGUGCCCCAGACUCCAUGGGUGAUGAAGAAAUGGGGGGUGGGGCCAGCCGAUUCAGGGAGUCCCAUGUGCUUGACGGGUGGGUGUCCUAGGGAGGUAAGUACGCCCCAGGAACAAAGUGGCCCAGGUUGGGGCCGGUGUGAAGGGUUCCCUGCCCGGGACUCCUCUUCUGUGCGGCAGGUGCCCAAUAAAGGUUCUGUC